AGCAGCCGGAGCCUCAGUCUGCGUAAGCUGCUGCCUUGCUGUGUAUGAAGCUUAUCUGAAGUCAUGUCCAGAAGGAAAGUCAACUAAACCAGGGAUUUGCAGGCAUACAGAAAUGCAAGACCAGUAAUGGAGGUAGAGUCCACCACAUACACCGACUUCAUCUCCUGCGAUCGGGCUGGUCGGAGGAACGCUGUCCACGAUAUCCAAGGCGAUGCGACUGCUCUCAGCAUGCGCAAGCUGACAGGGGACAUAAGUGACCUUUCCAUCGAGGGAGCAGAAAGCCAAGCAGAUGCCUCUUCUCCUGAGAAGGACCCUGGAGCAAGACCAAAGGGACAAGACAACAGUCCCUCCCCAUGACAGCGUGCAGGGGUGGGAUGGGGCAGGAGGAGGGACACACCCUAAACCUUAAGCAAGAAUUUACUAUUGAAUCUGCAGAA